AUGGCCGACGACAAGGACGACGAACUCCAUCGACGCGUCGCGCAGCGCGUCGACCGCAUCAAGGUCGCGGUCGACGAACUCACGAACGCGGUGCGGGUGCUUUCGAGCGCCGACCACCCUCAGCGCCCCCCUCGCUCGACCGUGCCCGACCCCAUCGACGAGCGCGAAGGCUCGUACAGUCGCAUCCUCGCCAACAACGACCGAGGUGUCAUCAAAGAGAUCGAGAGCCUCGGGUCAAUGGCGAUCAUAAUCGUGGGACUCAACGGCAUGGGUUGUGCGAUCGCCGAGACCUUUUGUCGCAGUGGCAUUGGCAAAAUCUACUUGGUCGAUGACGACCCGCGCCAAGUGCAGGCGGAAGAUUUGAGCCAGCUCUUUUAUCUGCCGCAGAACGUGGGCUACGAGCGCAUCGCAGAAGUCGAGACCAAUUUGCGCUUGAUCGACGAGAGCGUCGACAUUGAGGGUGUCCGCCUCGAUGCCAAGAACGCAGGCGAAUGGCACGCCUGGGGCGGCACCCACCCGCGCCCGUCUACCCACGCCCUGCGCAUGGCCUUUCUGGCCGUGACCGAUACCGCCAUCAUCCGCAACGUGAACGAGAUCUGCUUGGAGCUCAACGUUCCGCUGAUCGCAAUCAAGCCAGGCAACGACGGUCUCUCGGGGCACAUUGUUACGUCGAUACGCAGCGAGACGCCGUGUCUCCUGUGCUACAAGGCGCCUGGCGUGACGGCGCCGCGGACGAGCGACGUUCACAUCAGAAGCCGGAGUAUGCCGCCUGUCUUGGUCGCGCCUGUGCAGCCGAUGCCAAUGAUGGAAGGCAUCCUCGCUGGCUUUGCAGGCCACGCAGCGCUCAAGCGCCUCCUCGGCUUUGGCACGUUUGCUUCAUGCAUGAAUUACCGCAACUUAAUGGAAGAGGCGACGCCGACGUUCGAGACGGACGCCAGCGUCUUCUGCGUCAGUCGGCUCUGCCGCAAGUUCAACAGCAACCUCCGACCCGAGACGUCCCCCGCCAAAUCAAUGCCGACGAUUUAG